GCCCACAUAUCUUGGCGGACUGAAGCUGCAUUCCGCCCCACCCCUUACAAACAUCAUCAGCGCCACUGUACCUCAAUCAGGAAGCGCCGAGAUACGUUUGUGUUUUUCUUUUCUUUUUUUUAACUUUAUUUCAGAUUUUUUUUGGUCUUUAUUGUGAAGGAGUGAUCGGGGCAGCGUAUGAUCAGGAAGGGGGGGCGAAGGUGUUUCUUGUAGCCGAGCACCGUGGAUCUGUGCUGGGGGAAAGGAGACUGACAGUUGGCCACAUCCAGUCCGAGGCUCUCAGCUGUAGAUGACACAACCGGAGAACGUCUUUGUCACUAGCAUGGGCCAGCAUCUAGGAAAGAAGGAAUCACCCACAGACAGCAUGGCUUCUUCACCUGAACCCAACGCAGCACCGACAGCAGCAGCAGCACCAGUACCAGUAGCAGCAGUAGCAGAAUCUGAAUCGCAAGAUGAAGUCUUUGGACUGGGUGAGGCAGAUGCGUACCAGAACAAUGGCAGCAUCUCGACGAAGCCGGUGGUGACUGACUCCACGGGCGCUGAGGGCCCCCUCCAGUCCUGGACCUCCGCCAACACAGCUGACCCUGACGCCGCUACGCCACGCCCCCACCUGGCCCGCCUCUUCUCCCGAGAUGCCCCGGGCCGCGAGGAUAACACCUUCAAAGAGCGACCCUCCGAAUCGGAUGAGCUACAGACCAUCCAGGAACACAGCGGAGCGGCUUCAGAGUGCGGAUCGGAUAACCCAGAACAGGACCUAGACUAGGCUAGCUUUUUUGUCCUCCCUCUCCUCUCUUUUCUCUUCUUCCUACUCUGUCUUUCAGUCUCUCAUUUAAGAGAGAGACAAGAAUUCCAUUUUUCGACAAAUACAAAUAUACCAACAACUACCGCUACCACCAUGGCAUCUGCUAGCAGCUCCGCACAGGCCGCCUUCGGGCUGGGCCGCAGGAAGAAGGACCCCAGCCUUUUGGAUCAGAUCGGAAAGUUCUUCGGAGGGGAGAAGAAGAGGAAGAGCAAGGUGAGAAUGCAGGGAGAGUUGAAGUUGAAAGAAAACUUGACAAGUCUCAUGUAAAUCGGUUCAUUCUGCUGAUUAACUCCCAGAACCACUUCUUUUUUAACUUCUAAUUCUUUAGAUCUUGUAAGAAUUUUUUGCUUUGUAUACAAACGUGGUGGUUUUAAUGUUGUUUUCAUGGUGGACCUGAGUCUGAUACUGUCCUACGAUUCAUGGUAACUGGCUGAUAGUUGACGAAUCAACGCUGUUUAAUGGCUUUGGGUGCAGUUUGAUUUAUUUGAUUUUCUUUUAUUACAAAGAGGCUGUAAUUUUGAAUCAUUUUGAGGAUACUUUUCCAUAUUGUUCAGUUUUUCUUUAAAUGGUACUGACAUGCGUAGCUUUUGUUUUUAAUAUAUCUGUUGUAUAUGUGAAACGGUGGACAUUGUAACCUUGUUACUGUCAAAUUACAGUUUGCUUAUUACAACUUUCGACAGAGUGGAGAUAAGAACAGCUGUGUAUGAGUUCAGGUACUUCCCUUAAUGAUGAUGGGGGGAUUUGAUGCUGACACUGAGAUAUGAUGCUUGUACAUUUUCAAGGCUUUGGGAAAUCUUUAGAGAGUUAGUGCUGCUUCGUCUCUGGGCUCAUUUUGAAACAUCUGUGAUAAGUCGGCCACAGGGACAGGUACUUUGCUGCAGUUUGCACAGUUCAGCAGUCUGCAAAGUCACAUUAACAAUUAUAUUAAGACAAAUGAUUAUAUUAUGAUAUAAAUUAUCAAAGAGGAAGACGAUGUAUAUUAAGAUAUAAUGAUAUGCAGUAUAUUUCAGUAGGAGCAUAUUAUACCCCCCCCCCCCCACCACAAUUGGAAAUAUAUACACGAGGCUGCAUCUCAUAAAGUAAGAGCAGGCUUAUCCAAUCUGUCAGACAAGUCAUUAUGAGCAUGCAUUGCUAUUUAAUUAGUCUGUACUUUAAUGAGGUAAGGGUAGCAGAGUUUUUAUGAUAAGUAAAUAUGAAACCUUAUUAAUCAGGUCUACUUUGUCAAAAAAGUAAGGAAAAUAUAGCUUUUUGGUGUUGGCUUAUUUUUACUGUAGUGAAUUUCUGAUUUUGCUCCUGGCACCAGUUUGUCCAUCACUUCAAACAGACUGGGAUCUACUUCCAGUCAUGAUGGACUGCCUGGCACUGUUGCCAUGGCUAUUAAGAACCAGACUGCAGCUUUGCUGGUUCCACGCCUUUCCACUCCAUGGGGCCAUUCACUCAGUGAUACCAGCUGGGGGUGGUGUUGAAACUGGGAUUCCAGCCUCAGUGUCAAAUGUGGUGUAAAUGUUCACGGACACCACUGAGCAUUCAUUGUGAUCCUGACUGCAACAAGCUGAGGCUGAAUCCCUCAGCCUCCUGUAGUGAUUUCAGGAGGAAGGCCUGGCAGUGUUACUCUGUAUGUCCCCAACAUGAGUCACAUCUGUACAGCUGUGCACGUCACUGAUGAUGGUGAAAGGAAAGCUAUGUUACUGAGAGCUGAAUCCUGAUAAUAACGUCCACCAUUUCUAACUCUUGGAGCACUAGUCAGUGCUUUUGGCAAGGACAUCACUGAGCAGGAUGAAAAAAUCCAGUCCCCCCCCAUGCCUUAUGUCAACUAUGAAAAGGUGUUCAAGUAAGAUUCAGGAUGAGAACAUUAUUUUAUACAUGUAUGCUUCAGGUCUCAAGGCUCAUUUAUGCUCAAUGUCGUUUGUAUUUGUGGGCGUUUUCUGAAAGCUUAUAUUCAAAAUGGGGCAGUACCACCUGAAAUCGUGGGGGGGCAGUGUAGCAAAUUGUUCAAGCUAGAUGACCCUAAGGAAGAAACCAAAAUGAGGAAAUUUUAUCAAUAGCUGUACAGAUUAUUUUUUAAAGAAACUAAGGGCAUCUAUACCAUAUUAUAGCAUGGCACACAGUUCAAGUCCUUAGGCGUUGCCAUGAUUGUAUUCGUCAGAAAUGAUAGACUCUGCACUGCCCUCUAGUGGAUGUGUUGCUUCACAACCAUGCCAUUAAAAAGCACACACAGAGGCGUGAGCCUUAAGAGCUUGCGACCAUUUUAUCAUUCGAAGCAGGAGCAUAAAUGAGCCAGUAGCAGGAGCCUGUUCUGCUGAUCAGAUGAUUUUGUUUAGCUUUUUGUGAAAACUGUUACUUCUUGAAAUGUUCAGGGAAAAUGUCAACAGAACAAGUUGUGAAGCUUUUAAUUAACAUUUAGGCUCGUGAUCAAUUUGCUGCAGUAUUUAGUUCAGAUUUUCUUUUUCUCUUUUUGCCACAAAAAACUUGUACAAAGAUAUUUAUAUACUAUAUAUAUAUAUAUAUACAUAUAUAUAUAUGUAUAUAUAUGUAUUCACCAAGGGUUUGCCUUCAAUUUAUGAGUGUUAACAUCUCAACUUCUCAAGUAAAUGACAGUCAGGUUCGCCCCACCUCUGUUGCCUAGCAAUGUAAAACAAAAGAAAAAACAGGCUGCGCUAACUUUCUGCUGCAAACACUUAUUUUUCCAGAAAGAAUUCAUUGUGGGAACAAACAUUUUUGCAUAGAUUCAGAUCUUCCCUGCCUGUGUGCACAGAUUCUCCACAGACACUCCUAACAUGUACUCUGACUAGUUGGCUGCAGUGUUAGAGGGAAGAUUGUGUCCUUGCUUGCUGUUAUAGAUUAUGCUAUGCAUGCUUAUUUCAGUAAAGCUCGAUUGUUUUAUGGUUUAAAGCUUUGUCUGAUUUACUUUAUUUUCAAGCCUGAGCUUUGACAAAGUGUUAAAAUGAUGAAAUGAGUGACGACACCAAAAUAGAACCAAAAAACGACUGCAGGAAAUCAGCAUUUGAAUGCUAACAGGGUUUUUAUUAUCAUUUCAAAUUACAUGGGUAGCUAAUUGGAGGGGAAAUUAAGUUUGCAUGAACAAUAGUAAAGAAAAAAUGAUUUGCAUAUGAAUUUCUUGAAUGCCUGAAAGAAUCACACGUAUGAUACGAGGCAGGAGUGAUUUAUUUUUAUUAAACAAACCUUUUUCUGAGGAACAGAAACUAAAACCUGUGUGACACUGUUCUCUAACCGCUGGGGUCUCAGAUGGAGCCCCACAUCAGCUGUAGCUCACCUCAGGUUCACAUGUCUUUGCCCCAGUGGGGGAGUUUGAACGGGUCGCUGCUGAUCCCCGCUCUGUAACGCCUUCAACUCUUGAAACCAUUUGUAUCUGUUUCUAACCUGAUCCUGUUCGGAGCUUUUUGUCUUUUUGGAUUUCUGCUUGAUUAAAACUCUUUAACAACA